GGUUUAGUGCAAAAAGGAUUUAGGAAUCGCGUGGGUACACUACAGGCAGCCCCGUCUGGUGCCGGGGACGACGACCCGGACGACCGAGUACCGACGGCGACGUCGGCGAGGGCCGAAGCGAAGCGAUCCGAUCGCCCGAGCGCCGCCUCCUUCUCCCGUAGUUGGAUCAUUGGUACAGUUACUAGCAAUGUUUUCCUUGUUCUAUGGUCUAUGGAAGCAUGUAUUUGCCAAGACAGAGUUCCGUGUAAUCAUCCUUGGAGUCCAUAAGGCUGGGAAGACGACCUUUCUGGAAAAGUUGAAGUCAAUCUAUUCGAAAGGAGAAGGGCUGCCACAUGAUCGUAUUGUUCCAACCGUGGGGCUUAAUAUUGGACGUAUUGAAGAUACAAAUGUAAAACUUGUUUUCUGGGAUCUGGGUGGUCAGCUUGGCCUAAGAACAAUAUGGGAGAAAUAUUACGAUGAGGCACAUGCUAUCGUAUAUGUUAUCGACUCUGCCUCCACAUCAACAUUCGAAGAUGCUAAAUCUGCUUUAGAGAAAGUUCUUCGUCAUGAGGAUCUGCAAGAGGCACCGCUACUCAUAUUUGCAAACAAGCAGGAUUUAGCAGCAGCAGUCACCGAAGAAGAAUUGGACAGACAUCUUCACCUUAAAGAGUUGGAUGAGAGGCCAUAUAUGUUUGUGGCUGGAUCUGCCUAUGAUGGGACGGGGAUCAAACUUGGUAUCGACUGGUUGGUAGAAGAAAUGGAGAAGAGUAAACGCACCGAGGCUCUGAGAGCACGCACCGACACAUACGUGAAAAUUUAGCAGCACUCCGCCCACGCUCUGCAACCUUUGAUUUUUUAGAAGCUCAAAGCACCCGAGGACGAUUUCUCAUGCCGUUUGGCACCAUGUCAUGAUCAGUUGAAGCCCAUCCUCAAUUCCUCAUCCUUAGUCUGCCUCUGCCACAUUGUCCCAGAAACAAAAUGCCUUUAUUGUGGCGCUUGGAGCUGUAGAUCUGUAGUAGGAAGUCUGUUGUAGUGACGACAGAAGCAACCAUUCGUUGGUUUAUUGGUAUGUGUAGCAGAUAUAUAAAUGUAUCAAAGGAUAUAAAUUCUGUUAGCAUUCAUGUUCAUAUGAUCUUCCUUUUUAUAUGUUACUUAGUUUUGUA